AUGAUUCACGUUCGUACACACUCAACAUUCCCUUAUAGUGAAUUUCAAGAUUUUGAUCGAGGUCAGGAAUCAAAAGUUCAAGGUCUAAUUCGCUAUUUCAAUCGUUUAUCAAAUGAACAAUCAUCGUUCAUUGACAUACCGGUGCACCAUAAUCAUUAUCAUAUCGUUUCUUCACUAUUAAAUUCACAAAACAUUCCUAUUAAUGCAGAGAAGAAAAAGAGAGUUUUAACGACAUCGACAAAUUUUGUUUUGUACGAAAAAAACGACGAAUUAACUGCAUCCUCAAAAAUUAUUGUUUACAAAGAAGCGAAUGUUUAUGAUAUUGAAUUUAAACAAGAAAUUGUAAACUUUUUUAAACAUUAUAAAGUUUUUAUAAGAUUUUUUCGUGAUUUGGCUAUGUUGAUCGAAGUCCAUGUUCUAAUGGUGACUAUUCUCUAUUUAUUAACAGCAAAACUUCUAUUUAAUCAUCGAAAUUAUUAUUCAAUUUUACUCAUAUUCAUUGUUACAAUGAUUUCAUUAACAUUUUAUUUAGGUAAGUUGAAAGUUUAA